ACAAGUGGUGCUGUAGACGAAGGAACUUUGAUUAUUUAUUUUGCUCAGCUCGGCUCUGCUCGGAAAUUCGUUUCAUAAUCAACAGUUCUCAAUUUAAUGCAAGGCGCCGCACAACGAAACACAGCAACAAUUACGUUUUUAGUAGAACAUCAAUCAAUAUUUGUUAUUAGCAAAAUUCGUUGUUGAAAGAAAAUCGUACAAGCGGGGAGAGUCAGACGAAGUGACCGUGGAAGUCUACACAAUAUACAAGCAUACAAGUAUAGUGGAAAAUACGGUGCGCCCGCCCCUGCAUAACUGCAUACCCACUGCCCCAACUGCCGCCCAACGCUGACGAAUCACGAGCUCACAAUAAAAUAAAAAAAACACUUGUCGCUUGUUGCUCCAUUGCGUAUCGAGUGGUCGUGCCUAGCAAUUAGCAACGACGCAGAAAGUGACCCGGGAGGGUGAGGAGGUUUAAAAAACUAUGGAUGAUACAGCAGCUACAACGCCGUCGCCGUCAUCAGCGGCCGCUACGGCCGCUGGCUAUGAUGCUGCCCGAGACAAAACAAACGAACCAGUCGCUGCCGCCGUCGCUGCCAGCAACAGCAGCAGCAGUGGCAUUAGGCUCUUGAUUAAAUCGUCGAAUCAGCAAUACGACGACGUGAAUAUCGAGAGUGAUCUCUGCUGGACUGUGCAGCGACUCAAGAAGCAGCUAUCCCUGGUGUAUCCCGGCAAGCCGGAAAUUAAUGACCAAAAGCUCAUCUAUUCGGGAAAACUGCUGGACGAUGCCCAAAAGCUGUCGGAGGUCAUACGCAGUUACAAGGAUGUCUAUCAGCAGCAUCAUAUCUUUCAUUUGGUGUGCGCCAACAAAAAUACUGCUAUUAAGGCGCCAUAUAAGACGUCCACACCGCCAAAAGUUACUACGAGCACGCCACGCGUGGAUACGACCAACAAUGCAAAUAACGACAAUGAGCUGAGGCAGCGACAUGUGGCCGCCGCCGCUGCUGCUGCCGCCCAGCAUCCUUAUCAGCAGCCAAACCUACAGCAGGCAAACGAUCCGCAUCUCUGGUUCCAAUUACACAAUCAGGCUUAUCAAAUGGCCAUCGGGCAGAAUUCGUCGACAUCGGCUGCAGCAGCUGCAGCGGCAGCGGCCUCAGCGAUGCCAUCGACAUCAUCGACAGCCCCAAAUACACAGUUGGCUUACCAGCAGCAACAGGCUCUCCUAUAUAAUGCCUGGAUCCAGCAGUGGUAUACAAUGUAUAUGCAACAAACGAUGCAACGCACCAGCAGCACAGGCGGUGUCAUUCCACCGACAAUGCUGCCACCUUUUAUGCAAAGUAUGCCAGGACUUCAUAACAAUAUGGGCGUGCCGCUGGUGGCACAUCAACCGGUGCCAGUGGUGGUGGCAGCUGGCGCAGCAGCUGGACAGCCCAAUGAGGAGGCCGUAGCUCGACGGCCGGCAGCACAGCCUGUUGAUGGUCCCAAUUUUCCCAAUAUACAGGAGGAGCCCGAGGUGCGCGACUGGCUGGAUAGUUUCUUUAGCUUAACACGAUUGGCCAUUUUUGUAACAGUUUUGUAUUUCAAUUCAUCGCCCAUGCGCUGCUUGAUGGUGGUGUUCAUCGCAAGCGUGAUUUAUCUCUACCACAUCGGCGUCUUGCGUCGUCGUCGUGAGCGAAAUAACAACAACAUCAAUCGAAAUAACAAUGCUGGCAAUAAUAUUGCCGCCUUUGCGGCUGUGCAACAAAUACAACGUAUGAUGGACGCAGCCGUUGAGCAAGACAAUAAUCCACAGGCAGUUGAUGCAGCUAUUGCUGCUGCUGAGCAGCCCAAUGCGGCACCUGCACCAGUACAAGCGCCAGCACAAGCACCUGCCGCUGAACCAAAUGAUGCUGCGCAGCCAGCAGCCAGCGCUGGUGGGGAUCAAGCCAUGGAUGCCGCUGCAGCUGCCGCUGAAGCUGUAGCCGUUGAGCCAGCGAAUGCCAAUACCUCUGUGAUUUCUAUUGUGCGCACCUUUGUCAUAACGUUCUUCACUUCGCUGUUGCCCGAGGCGCCGGCGCUGUAAAGUCGAACGUAUUACAUCUUUACUCUCUGUGGCCUCUUGGAUAUUUUCUCCAUUAUUUCCUUUUUGCACUUCCUCCCCUUUUCCUCUACAUUUAUAAAUGUUAUAAUUUAUGCAUACCUGAACUUUUGCAAUAUCUGUUUUUCUAGCUACGUAAUGAAUUAUAUAUGUAUAUUUAUAACAUGUCUGUGUGUGCGCGUGAAGCGCAAAAUGGGCGUGUCCCAGCGUAUGCCGCGCAGCAGCCUGCCACCACUUUAUGCCCCAUGAUGUAGCCUUAGUGUUUUUUAUAGCCUUAAGAAAUAAAAUUUGUUUUUGAUGUGAAUGCUACGAAACUAGCUAAAUGGCAAA